AUGAGUUGGAAUACCUGCCACCAGAACCACUUCUUAGAACAAGCGGAUAUUCUUGGGAUUAUCAAAAAUCAAAUGAUUUGAGGGAACUGUUAAGAACUACCAUAACUGAAUACUACAAAAAUUACACAAAACAGCAACUGGAUAAAAGCACCACACCACUAUUUUUUAUGAUUGCUGGUGCAGGAGAAGGAAAAUCUAGGAAUGCAAAUGA